UUUCAGUUAAUAGAAACUAAAAAAUACUGUCUUGAUAUCUAACUUUAACAGUACCAAUCCUUACUUUAACAUAUGUGAAAAUAAAAAUAUGCAUUCAUCAGUGCUUUUAGACAUGUUUCCAAUGGCUUUGUGAGAGAACGGGCUCCGUUCAAUGAAAUGAAAACCAAAACUGAUUGAGCACCGUUUAUAAACAACCCUUCCGGGUUUUGUCCGUUGGCUUCUUUUAUAAUAUGUCCAUGGUUGGCUUGUGUCGAUACGUCAAGUGUCGAUAUGUCAUCUGUUAGCGCAGGACCCCGAGCCGAUCUGGCAGCCGAACACAUCUGGUACCACCGGCCACUGGGAGUAUGGCGGUUCCCAUCAGCAGCUCAGUGGCGCUACUGAGGCUAGAGCGCAUGCUCAACACCGUGUUGCAUAUCCGUAUCCCGUAUCCCGCGGUAACUCAUUUUACCCAGAAUUCCCAGGUUAACCAGAAAGGAACAGGCUCCAUGUUGGUUCUGGCUACAAACCUUCCAAUGCAGACAUUAGCAGUGUGUUAUCCGCACACGGCCAACCACAUUACAUAAAGUAGAUCAACCACACUGAGCUCUGCAGAAACGACCACUGAGAAGGUGGUUGUUUGAACAAUUUACAUGUUUUGGAAGUAAAAGCUAUUGUGUUUCAAGUGGCGUCGGAAUUCAAGAAGCAUUCAAAACGAAGGCAGGCAAUCGGAUGGAAAUUCCUGAAGCCUAGUAGAUCCAGGAGCUCAUAGGACCGCUCAGCCCUGUCAGAUACCAGAGAGCCCGAAUACUUGCUCAGUUGGGAUUCCUGAGCCUUUGAGAGGUUCACCGGCGAUGGAGGCUUCUGCGGACGGGCCCAACAAGAGCUGCGAGGUGGAGGAAAACACAGUGAAGGGUGGGGAAGAGGAGGACGGCGAGGAGCAGAAGGACGCCGGGGCAACUGACGAGUUGAGGGAGUCGCAGGCUUCUCAAAGUAGGGCAAAGCAGACAAGGAUAAGUAUUGACUUUGCACCAACGACCGCCACAGGGACAGUGGUCCCAACAGAGGGAACGUAUGACAUCGAUGAGUCGAAGGAGGACUUGGCGGAGGAGCUCACAGCUACAGCCGUGGACAAUGUAACACAAGAAGAGGAGAUGGAGGAGCACCUUACUACUUCCCCUGACACUGUACCAAAAGAGGAGGAGGAGGAGGAGAAGGAGCUGCUCAUGACUACAUCUGUUGAGGAUGUACAAAACGAGGAAGAGGACAAAACGGACAUAAAGUGUUCUAUAGAUGUACAAAGUCAAACCCUAAUGGAGGACAUGGAGGAGCCAGGGGCAGCCAGGGGAGAUCAUUUAGACGAGCUCAUGGACAUGGGGACCGUGGACCAAGAGGAACAGGAGGCUCAGAUGAAAGGCGAGGAGGAGAACAUGUCGGACUCAGAAAACAGUGGCCAAACCAUGAUGGGGAGAGCCUUAGAGAAGGAGACUGGGCUGUCAUUGAUGGGGAACAACAUUCAAGUAGUGAAAGUUGCGAUGGAUGAUUACAGACUCCAGGCCGCGACCCGGCCUCCCAGGCUGUCUCCCAACGGGGACCCCGCCUCGCCCAGCCAGGUCACGGUGAAGGACGAGCCCAUAGACGAGGAGUACAACCAGGCCCUAAUCUCCUCCUCCGCUCCCACAGACGACAUUAAAGACGAGCCUGAGACCCCAAAGGAGCUGAUGAUCAGCUCCGUGUUCUCCGUGAAGGGGAAGUCCGACCCGCCGCGUCUGGCGUCGCGAGCGGCCUCAGCCCUGGCGAAGCCCACUCCCCCCGGCCACGGGCCCUCCACCCUGUACGUGGUGUGCUCUCUCUGCAAGACCUUCAUGAUCAAGGGCCAGACCGCCUACCAGAAGAAGGGGUCCCCGGAGCUCUACUGCUCCCCCGCCUGCCUCUCGGCCAAGCCCCAGGAGCCUGCAGGCAAGAUGUGCCACCACUGCAGCAAGGCGGUGGCGAGGCCCGCCGACCUGAUCCGGUCCCCCAUCGACGGCACCACGGGAGUCCGGGACUUCUGCAGCCCGGCCUGCCUCGCCGCCUUCAACACGUCCCAGGAGGCGGUCGCCCCCGCUCCUCGCCAGUCCACCUGUAGCGUGUGCAAGAAAUUCGUCUCUAAAACCAAGCACGAGGUGGCCCUGAACGGGAUCACCCACCGGAUCUGCAACAACGUCUGCUUCAACAGCUUCCGCUUCGCCCACAACAUCAACAUCAGCACCUGUGCGGUCUGCGGCGAGCACUUCGCCAACAAGAUCGUGGUGCUCAAAACCACCGGCGGCCUCCUGAACAUGUGCAGCGACGCCUGUCUGGCCAAGUACAAAGAGAAAAACAACGCCCCCCAUCCGUGCGCCAUGUGUGCGGCGAUGUUCUCGCUGUCGAAGAUGGUGGAGGAGAAGAACAGCCAAGGUGUGGUGGAGACCUUCUGCACCACCGGCUGCCUGCUGGCCCACAAGAUCCAGUCGAUCAGCUCCUCGGGUACCAUGAUGCAGUGCAACAACUGUGUGUCUUUGAAGGUGCCAGCAUACCACCUGGCCAUGUCCGACAGCUCCAUCAGGAACUUCUGCUCUUUACCCUGCGUGCUGGGCUUCCAGGAGAAACACCACCACAAGACCCCCAAAGGAGGGCCUACAGUCAGCCAUAACGCCAUCCCCUCAAACCAGGGCAACGUCGUCCCUGCCGCAGCCAUCGCCGCCAUCGCUAACCCCUGCAUGGCCGCCCCGCGCCAAGCCAAGACCACCACCACCACCACCACCUCCACCUCCACAUCGGGCCUGAUGGAGGCUACCUCGCAGAGCGGCGUGCCUAAGCUACACUGCCCAAUAUGCGAGCGAGCCAUCACCACCUACCCGGAGGUGGUCCAGGAAAAGGACAAGAUAAUGUUCCUGUGUGGCGUAGACUGUGCGGAGGAGUUCCGGACACUGCACUGCGCGCUGAGCAGGUGUGAAUACUGCAAGCUGCUGAAGGUCCCGGCAGACGUCAAGAGGAUCGGCUCCAAGAACUGCAGCUUCUGCAGUGAAGGCUGCAAGCUGCUGUAUAAACACGAGCUGGCCAAGCAGUGGGGCAACCACUGCCGCUGCUGCGCCUUCUGCUUCUCCAUCGCCCGCUCCCUGGUCAGCACCCGCUACUCCGGCAAGGUGCAGAAGUUCUGCUCCGAGCACUGCCGGAACAAGUACAGCCUGCUCGACCAACAGCUCGCCAAUUGUGACACGUGCGGGGCCCGGGAGAGGCUCACCACCACCCUGCCCCUGCUGGGCUCGCCCAAGCGCUUCUGCCGGCUAACGUGUAUGCUCAAGUUCUGCUGUGCACAGACACCGGACACCCCGCCCACCAAGAAUUCUGAGGCUCUGGCGUCUUCAGAGUCGGUUUCAACACCUGUCAUCGGAAACGUCAUCUCCCUGGCAAGCCGGCCGCCCACGCAGGCCAACCCUGCGCUACAAGGCACUGUGCCAAGACUUCAAGUGAAGAGACUUGGAAAUGCCGGUACCCAGACAGACAGGGUGCUUCCCCCCGCGGUUAAGAUCCUCAAGAACAAGGCCCUGCUGUGUCGACCAAUGGUACAGCACCAGGAAACCACCUGCAAACCCGAUAUGGUCGACACUGAAGUGCAGACGGAUGAACCGAUCAGGGUGAUAGUGGUGCCGGUUCCCGUCCCUGUGUACAUCCCGGUACCCAUGGCGAUGUACAGCCAGUACUGCCCCGCGCCCAUGAGCAUUCCCCUCCCGCUCCCCGUGCCCAUGCUGCUGCCGGUGACCCUGGACAGCGCCGAGAGCGUGGUGGAGACCAUCCGGCAGAUCAAGGCCAAGACGCCCUCGGACCCCCUGGAGGCGGACCUCAUCCUCAUGGCGGAGAUCGUGGCGGAGCAGGAGGAGAGGGAGGUGCAGGAGCAGCGGGAGGGCCGGGAGAGGGCCAAGAAGGAGGCCAGGGGCAGGGGCCGGGCGCCGGAGGAGAGGGAGAGGGAGAAGGGGAGGAAGAAGAAGGCGGAGAAGAGGACGAGAGCCGUGGACGAGGAGAAGGACGGGCUGGACCUGCUCAACGAGUACAUCAACAACUACAGCAGCGAUCUAGACCCAGAGAUUCCAGAGAGUCUUCUGAGCGGUUGGGAAGACUCCCCGUCCACCAUUGGUCUGCUGUCUGACAACCGGCCUCUGUCCAAGGAGAAGCUGCAGCCAAUCACAGACAUCCCUGUCGGGGGUUCCUUCGAGCUGCCUGUUGAGAGUCCACCUCCAGAACCUAUCCCAAUGGACAUUGAGGCAGACAUGCCCAUCGAAACCCUGGAGCAGUUGGAGGCGGCGCGGUUAGGCGAGACGAAACAGCCAGAGACGAAGCGGCGAGCUGCUCCAGCCCGAGGACGGAGGAAGGCCCGAGAGAAGAAGAGGGGCCGGCAGGCGGCGGCGGAGGCGGCGUUGGCGGAGGCCAGCCGCGCCCCCAAGCUGGAGAGCAAGUACGGCAUCGACGCCUGGGAGAGAUGGGUCCGCUGGAGACGGGACCAGCCCGACCUGCCGACGCCGCGCAUCCACUCUCGUCCCCUAGAGCUGAGGGAGGACGUCCUGCGCUGCACCACCACCGAGCUGAGCUACGGUCUGAGCCGCUUCGCCGUGGAGCUGAAGAGGCCCAACGGAGAGCCCUACCAGCCAGACAGCCUGUUCUACCUCUGCCUCGGCAUCCAGCAGCACCUGUUUGAGAACAGUCGCGUGGAGAACAUCUUCACAGACGUGUUCUACGGCAAAUUCUCCAUGGAGAUCACCAAACUGCUGAAGGACUUCAAGCCGUCAAUAUCGGACAGCGGCUACAUCCACUCGAGGGUGGAGGAGGAGUACCUGUGGGACUGCAAGCAGCUGGGGGCGUACUCGCCCAUCGUGCUGCUCAACACGCUGCUCUUCUUCUGCUCCAAGUUCCUGGGCUUCACCACCGUGGAGCAGCACCACCGCCUCUCCUUCGCACACUUCAUGCGCUGCUCGCGGAACAACCCCGACAACACCAAGACCAUCGUCCUGCGCUUCUACCCGCCCGCCAACAUCGCCAGCUCCAUGAAGUAUCCACCGUCGGACACGGACGCCACGGCGGCCAAGCGGAGUAAGCCGGAGGAGGAGGGGAUGCUGGACAUGCAGGAGAACCAGGAGAACCCUCUGCGCUGCCCCGUCCGCCUCUACGAGUUCUACCUCUCCAAGUGCUCGGAGACAGUCAAGCAGCGCAGCAACGUCUUCUACCUCCGCCCCGAGCGCAGCUGCGUGCCCAACAGCCCCCUGUGGUUCUCCGGCACCCCCCUAGACGACGCCACCCUGGGGGGCAUGCUCACACGCAUCCUCAGUGUGCGGGAGAUGCACCUCCUGGCCCCCGCCGCCCCCGGCAGCACCGCCGCCGUCACCCCCGCCGCCGCCACCCCCGCCGCCAAAGAGAAGGACCCGCCGUACACCCCCGACGGAGAGCAGGACUGAGGAGGAAGACGAAGGCCGUGGUGGAGGAGGAAGAGCGGGAGGGAGGGAGUGAGGGACUCGUGGUUAAAGAGACUUUGUGGGCGAGCUGGGAUUUUACAAAGGAAAAACGUUGGAAAACGUUUUUUGUUUUUUUUGGAUGGGUUUUUAAAAGGAGACAAAAGAAAGAUGUCUGGUAUAUAUUUCUUUAAGCAAACUACCCCCUCCCCCCCAAGCAGGUCUACUGUGUGGACCGAUAAGGAGGUAUCAGAUGUUAAGUGGGGGAGGGACUCGGCUGUAUAGCGGCAAUACUCGAUUUGGUUCCAAAUGGGUGAUUUGUGCGUUCUUCGUCUUCAUUGACCCCGAGGGGUCCUCUUGUCUUGUUGAAAGUUUCUUCAGAUCAUUGGUCAAUGAUUUAUAAAAAAAAUAAGAUGAAAAUGCCCUCCAUUUUCUUUUGUUAAUGUUUGAAGAACAGUAUCUGUUGAUUCUUGAACAAUUGUUCGGCAUUAAUGUACUAUCAAAUACUUUAAAAGUUCCCCAAUGCAGUAAUGCCCCUUUAACUUUAACCUAAAUAAGCAUAUUUCACACUGAUUGAAACCAUUCUGAAGGUCCGUAUUACCAUGCACAAAUACAAUAUGAUAUAUAACUCCUAUGUAUAUAGAAAGAUAAUAGUCUUUCAGUCCUCCAGUGUUUGAUUUUCAUACAUCAUAGGUUCUAGUAGUAAGAUAAAAAUGUUGAGAUUAUUUGUAUGCUCUCCCAUUUUGUAUUAAAAGUUGAACAACUCGGUCUGGUAUUACUUGAUAGUGACAC